GCUAGAUCCCCGAGUGACGGACCUAAGUUCUCGUUCAAGAGUCCAAUUCGCCUAUUUCCUUCCCAUUUCCUGAUUCCUUGGGGCUCGCCACGGGAUCUCGCACGGCUCAGUCAGCAAUGAGCAUCCGUAGAGUGAGGGGUUCGUUCCGCGAUCCCAGUUCAGGGCGUCGGUUUGGGAACGUCGACGCCACCAGCCGCUUUCCCCGUCACUCCACUUGGAUCUACCGGAAUGAAGAAUGGCAUCUCCUUUACGAUGACGGGGAAGAAGUUACCCUCAUGUACUCUAAACAUGAAAAAGUGCAAAUGAAAGAUUUUAGCGCUGAAAUAAGGGCGACACUGGACAUAGCCCACUUCUUGAACCAAGCCGUUCUGCUCAUGGACCUGACUGAGACAAACCUCGAAUGUGUCGUGGAGCUGAUGCUCCACAAGAUGUUGGACUCGGAGGAGCCCCAGUGCACAGUGUCCGAGGCAAAGUCCCUCCUCUUCACAAGCGAUUCAGCCUUACAUCUUAUGUCACGCACUAUACAAGGAGCAUGCAGCGCUGAAGGAGGCACCAACUUUGACUAUGAUCAGUCUUGGAUUUGUGCUCUCUGUAAUCUACCAACACUGCAACGCAGACGAGUUGCCAUCACUCGCCUCAAACACCCUGCCAACUUUGGACGUACAAGCCACGAAGUGAAACUCUUUGUUCUCGUGAUAUGCCCCAGCAAGGAGAAAGGAACUAAAAAUGCUAUGGAAAUGGGAAGGACAUUUUCAACAAUACUGGCAGAUAUAGACUUCAGGCAGAAGCUGAUAGAAGCUCACAGUGAAGAGGAGUUCAAACAGCUCAUUCUCAAUCAGACACAUCAACUUGCAGAUGAACAAAGUGAAGCUGAGAAGAGAUAUACUGAUAACAAUUGUGUCACACAAGACUAUGAAUAUGAGGAAAGACUGUGUCAGUUUGGAAGAGGAAUUCAAGAUGAUGUCCUGCGUAGAAUUCCUCACUAUAUAUCUGACUACCGUGAUGGGUUUAUGGAUACUCGCACAAUUCACAAGAUCAUCUCUACAACUAUGUUCCUUUAUUUUGCUUGUAUUUUGCCAGCCAUUGCAUUUGGUGUACUUAAUGAUCACAAUACGGAAGGAAAAAUUGAUGUGAAGAAGGUGAUUGCAGGUCAGACUAUAGGAGGCAUUUUCUAUGUUGUGUUCAGUGGGCAGCCAUUACUGAUCCUACUUACUACAGCACCUCUUGCAUUGUACAUAAAGAUUAUUCACAUUAUAUGUGAAGAUUUUGACUUGGACUUCUUUGCUAUGUAUUGCUGUGUUGGGCUAUGGAACAGUUUAUUUUUGGUCACAUAUGCAUUAUUUGAUGUGUCUCGCAUUAUGCAUUGGUCUACAAGGUCAACUGAAGAGAUCUUUGCACUUUUUAUUUCAAUUGCCUUUUGUGUAGAUGCAUCAAGAGAUACAAUCAAAAAUUUCAAAGAGUAUUACUAUUCACCAGCAUGUAAAGGAAAUGUAUCAACAGAAAGAUUCAAUACCACUGCUUCAACUUUGUCCAUGUCUUGCAGCCGAGAAAGUAGCAUUCUGUUUCUAUUGCUGAUGCUUGGAACAUUAUGGCUGAGUGUCUCAAUCUACAACUUUAACAAGACCCCUUACCUGCAAGCCAGUAAGCGAGAAGCUUUGGCUGACUAUUCUCUUCCUAUGGCUGUUAUCACUGUCAGCUUUAUUGGAUCUUACUUCUUCAGUGAUGUAGAAUUGGAGCGAUUUCAAUACAGUGAGAGACCUGUGUUCAACAUUUCACAACUCCAGACAUUGUCAGCCAAAACUAUAUUUGGUUCAGGGGUUCUUGGCUUCUCUCUGUCUGUCCUCUUCUUCAUGGAUCAAAAUAUCACCAGUGCCAUGGUCAACAACCCCUGUAACAAGCUUAAGAAGGGACCAGCUUAUCAUUUGGAUCUGUUUGUGGUGGCAAUUCUAAAUGCUGCUUUGUCCAUCUUUGGUUUACCAUGGAUGCAUGCCACCUUGCCCCAUUCUCCCCUUCAUGUGCGAGGUCUUGCUGAUGUAGAAGAACGUGUGGAUCAAGGACAUGUGUAUGAAAUAAUUGUGAAAGUGAGAGAGACACGACUGACUGGGCUGUUUUCACACAUCCUUAUUGGUCUGUCUGUGUUCUUACUUCCAUAUCCAUUGGCUUACAUACCAACAGCAGUUCUGGAUGGUUUAUUUCUUUACAUGGCAGUCACAGCUCUAAAUGGCAACCAAAUGUUUGAUAGAAUAACACUUCUCUUCAUGGAACAGGCUGCAUAUCCUCCAAACCAUUAUAUUCGCAGAGUACCACAGAGAAAAAUACAUGCAUUUACAGCAUGCCAAGUAUUUCAGUUGAUUGUGAUGUGUGUAUUUGGUUAUGCUCCAUUGGUGUAUCUCAAGAUGAUAUUCCCAUUCAUCAUACUAUUCCUUUUACCAGUAAGGCAUCGGUUGGUACCAAUGUUCAUCGAAGACAAAUAUCUCGAAGCUCUUGAUGGAGAGCAUCAGUAACAUCACACAUCCACAAGGCCACUGCUGUUACUCAGAUGUGUUUUGCUCUCCUUACUCAUCUCAUCAGAGAAACUAAUAUCAAAUUAUUACUAAAUUUAAUACUUUUCCAUACAUUUACAACUGUUACAUGUUUAAAACUUAGAAAGAAUGUUUCAUCCAAAUGACCUCAAACUGAGAAUUAGAUAUAUGAAAAGAAUCCAGGACACAAUGGCAGAAAGAGGAGUGGAAGAAGGACAGUGGAUGGAUAGAGAAAAUGGAAAAUGAGAAUCUGAAGACAUCAACAACAUUAAGAAACCUAUAUAUGUGUACAGGUAUACUGGGUUUCUAUAUAGGAGAAAAAAUAAGGAGUUGUAACAUGGAAACACUAUACACAUAACAUGUACAUUACUACUUUUACAGUUUUGUUAAAUUUGUAUAUCACUGUUGUUGAAGCAGUUAUGGGCUUUUUUACCGUCUGUGCCUCCUUUUUCCCAAAAAUUGAGAUGUUUGUGCAUUAAUCAUGGAAACAUUGUGUAUAUACCAAAUAAUAAUGCUUGGUUAAAUAAAAACAAAUGUUUUAAAAUGGUUGGUUUUGAAAAGAUGUUUAGUGCAGAGCAUUAUUUCCAAUAUGUUUUAUUAGUCAGUUAUGAACAAUGAUGUAUGACAUAAAAACACAUUGUAAAAUUAGAAUAGAAGAAUAAAAAUAUUUCAAAAAAGAUUGUGUGUCUAAAGUAAAAACCAACUGACAGUUUAUGUCAGUAGAAGUAACAAUCUGUAUGAUUUUGUAGCUUUCAAGUCCUGUAUUCUAUAUGUGUACAUUUGAAAAUAGUCCUUAACCUCUGUAAAACAGAUUAAAUUUGUAAAAUACAUUUCUCAAAAAUGAAA